CGAACCCAGUACCAUCUGCUUCAAACGCUAUCAUGUUAUCCAUUCAGUUACUGAGUUUUGAUAGCCACCUGCUUGUGAACUAGGGUAAAUUUUCAAGCUCACUUGGUAUUGUUUACUUUUAUCUUUCGAUUGUUAAUCAGGACUGAAAUUGAUUAAUCUCUCUCACUUAUUGGUAUAUGUGCAUACUGUGAGGAUUGCCUCGAUAUAGCCUUAGGGUACAAGCACUUUAAGCAAAGAUGGAUACAAGUAAAUCAACACUAAGUAAAUAAUAAAUGAGUUUCAAAUUGAUCUUUGAGGUUCGUUUAUCACAGUGUCAGUUGCUACCAUGACCAGUAUGAACUUUUCCAUUACAAUUUUCUUAUAUUAUUUAACAAAAUGUUUUAGUGCUACAUAGUCAACUUUUAGCUUUAUAUCCCGAACACUAUAAAAUACAAGAUUUCUAUCAUGAGAGUGAUCUUUGAUUCAAAAUAUGGACAAAGAUUUUCCAAUUAUUGCCUAUUUCUUUUACAUUCUAAUCACUUUAUGACAUCUAUGUAAUGCCAAACUGUUAAGUGUGUAAGAGAAAACUUAGCUUGUCCGUUUAAUUUCAUAGUGACAGUUGACUUCACAAUGAUAAAUUUUGUUAAUUAAGAAAUGUAUGAAACAAAUGAUGAAACUGGAUAAACGUUCUGGGUUCGAAUCCCACAUGCAGGAUAGUGGGUGUACAUUGCUGAGGUGUCCCAUACUAAGACGAAAUGGCCGUCCAGUGCUUCCAGGUUUUUAAUGGUGCUCUAACAUUCAUCGACUCAUGAUAUCAAUUGAAAACAGAUCAUAGCUAGACCAUUAGUGAAAACCCGUUUUGUACCAAUAUAGGACUCCUCAAACAGUAUUCGAAGUAUAAGGAAGUAUGAUUUACGCCAAGUGGAUUCAUAAUGUGAAAUCAUGAACACUUAGUGUCAAACAAGACAGUGGACAUAAAAUAUCACUGUUAAUUCUGGGAAAUCACUAUAUGUAUACAUAGUCUUCGAUCAUCUAUUUGCAUGUUGUAGUGUGUCCUGCAAUCUGAAUUGUCUUCUAGUCUUAUCAUCAAAUGUUUUGUCUUCGCCAUAAUUUUGAUUAAAUGAAUCUGUUCUCUUAGUCUGUUGACUGUAACAUCUUUGAGAUUAUGUUCCGUUACAUAAUACCUAGAAGCAGUCUUGUGAAUAGUGUUCACCAUACAAAUACUCAUUGCACUCAAUAAUCACAUGUAACGUUUCCGUGGUAAAUAUUUAUCUACCAAUACACAUCAGUAAUCUAACACGCUAUGGAUGUAAUAUUUACUUUCCAUAUUUACGAUUUCCAUUAACAUUUUAAGUAAACUGAUCUUUCGUUCCACGGAUAAGUUAGUUAUUAUUAUUAUUAUUAUUAGUAGUAGUAGUAGAAGAAGAAGAAGAAGAAGGAGUAUUAGUAUUAGUAGUAGUAUUAAUAGUUGUGGUAGUGGUAGUAGAAGUAGUAGUAGAAGUAGUAGUAGUAGUAGUAGUAGUAGUAGUAGUAGUAGUGGUAGUAGUUUUAUUCAAUAUUAUGUAUUAUGUACCAUAUAGAAUUCUGAGCACAAAGUAUGUUAACAAGUUUCCUUUUCUUAUUGCUUGAUCGAUCCUGACGAUAAAUAUUGAGUGGUUUCCAGUUAGAUGUCAACAGUUCAGUCGGUCGACAUCUGAAUAAUGUAUAUUCUUUUCGACGCAUAUUGCCAACAACCACAAUAUCUCUGAUUGAGCACUUUUUUAAGUUGUAUAGCGAAAUGACUUAAACGUUUCACAGACGCACCUGAAUAGUUCAUGAGAGUAAUAGGCCUAAUGAUGAGUGAAAAAGAAACAAAACAGUAAACAUAACUUGUUGAAAUAUGUAGAUGGCAGGAAUAGGUAGUUCAGAUAUUCAAGCAGGCCGCCUUGUGAGAUCAUACCUCUCACCUCAAACUAAUAUGUAAUUGAACAAGAUGACUGAAAAAGAUUGAACUGCAAUUCUAAGAAAGCUUCGUUUUAGUGACCCCUUGGCUAUUUCAAUUGAUCACCUUCCGAAAGAUAUGAGAUAUUAAACCAAAUCUUAUGUAUAUUUAACUUAAAUCACUAGGUUUUACUCAAACCAUAGAAAUGCUUAACUGACUACUUAUUACUGUACAAGUUAAAUAGUACUUUUUUAAAGAGAAUUUGACAUUCUUAAGUUGUUAUAAAUGAUUCCAUGAUUUCAUAAUACUUAAUUGCUUAGAUAAUACUGAUUCAUGUUUUGUCAUACAGUGUGAAAUCAUGAGUCAAGAUCAAGAAAACCCUGUUCAGUAAAUUUAGUUUGACUAAGAACAAAUAACUAUUAGUUUAAAUUAGACACUAACACCGUUGGAUGCCGGUCGGCUCAGAGGUUUAGUGGUUAAGCACUCACGCUUGAAACUGGCAGGUCCUGGGUUCGAAUCUCGCAAGGUAGGAUCGUAGAUGCGCACUGGCAAAGAGAAGUCCCACAGAAGGACGAAGCGACCGUCUAGUGCUUCUAGGAUCUUCAUGGUGGUCUUACUUCAAACGAAUCAUGAUCCCAACUGAUAAAAUAAUUAUUCGAUUGUAUUGUUCAAAAUGUUUAACAGAUCUAUAAUGAUGGAAUAAAAAUCUGACCUAGAAAUUGAAAUUACUUCAUAUGAUAACUUUGUCAUGUGUACAUAAUUUAAUAUGAUAUUAUUUUAUAUAAAUACACUACUCAAAUGAGGCUAAUUAGAAAAUUCUGUUAUCAGUGUGGUAUAUUAAUUCGUUUAAGUAAACUAAGGAAAAAAUAUAUUCAACUAUGGCCGGACAUGAAGACGAUAGUAGUGGACUUGUAAUUGAUAAUGGAUCCGGUAUGUGUAAAGCUGGAUUCGCUGGUGAUGAUGCACCAAGAGCUGUAUUCCCAUCAAUUGUUGGUCGUCCAAGACAUCAAGGUGUUAUGGUUGGUAUGGGACAAAAAGAUAGUUAUGUUGGUGAUGAAGCACAAUCGAAAAGAGGUAUUCUAACUUUGAAAUAUCCUAUUGAACAUGGAAUUGUUUCGAAUUGGGACGAUAUGGAGAAAAUAUGGCAUCAUACAUUUUAUAAUGAAUUACGUGUAGCCCCAGAAGAACAUCCUGUCCUACUUACUGAAGCACCAAUGAAUCCUAAGGCAAAUCGUGAAAAAAUGACACAGAUUAUGUUUGAAACAUUCAACAGUCCAGCCAUGUAUGUUGCUAUCCAGGCAGUUUUAUCUUUGUAUGCAUCUGGUCGUACUACGGGUAUAGUAUUGGAUUCAGGUGAUGGUGUAAGUCAUACUGUUCCUAUUUAUGAAGGUUAUGCUCUACCACAUGCAAUUCUUCGUCUUGAUUUGGCUGGUCGUGAUUUAACUGAUUAUCUUAUGAAAAUAUUAACUGAACGUGGUUAUUCAUUUACAACUACUGCUGAACGUGAAAUUGUUCGUGACAUCAAAGAAAAACUGUGUUAUGUUGCCUUGGACUUCGAUCAAGAAAUGAAUACUGCUGCAGUUAGUUCAUCUCUUGAAAAAAGCUAUGAAUUACCUGAUGGUCAAAUGAUUACAGUUGGAAAUGAUCGAUUUCGAUGUCCUGAAGCAUUAUUUAAACCCAGUUUCUUAGGUAUGGAAUGUUCCGGUAUACAUGAAACAACUUAUAGUUCAAUUAUGAAAUGUGAUGUUGAUAUUCGUAAAGAUCUUUAUUCAAAUAUUGUUCUAUCUGGUGGUUCUACUAUGUUUCCUGGUAUUUCAGAUCGUAUGCAAAAAGAAAUUUGUAAUUUAGCUCCAACAACAAUGAAAAUUAAAAUUAUAGCACCACCUGAACGUAAAUAUUCUGUAUGGAUUGGUGGGUCUAUAUUAGCUUCAUUAUCAACAUUUAAUCAAAUGUGGAUCACAAAACAUGAAUAUGAUGAAUCUGGUCCAGGUAUUGUACAUCGUAAAUGUUUUUAGACUAACAUAUUUUCUCAUAUUGGAUUACAUUAUUGUUGUUUAUUAGACUGUGUGUUGUUGUUUUGGACAUUUACAUUUCAGAAACUCUUUACAAUGAAAGUUUAUGCUUCUUUUUUUUCUUUUUUUCAGUUGCCUUGGCAACUAAUUUCUAUACUUGAUUUUUUUAAUUUUUCAUAAUAUUCUGUGUCAAUGAAUGAGUCUUAUGAACUAAUAUAACAAGAUUAUGGAGAUGUUAAUAUUGUCUAAAGAAAAAAAUUGUUGCUACCAUUGUUACCACCAUUUGUGAACACUUUUCAGAUGUAUUAUGUACGUUUCAUUAUCCUUAUGACAGAAUUCUCUAAUGGAAUUUCUCGCGUUAUAGUUGCCAUUUCACUAUAAACUGGAUUAUGUUCCACUAUUCAUAACGUUGUUCAUCUAAUCAUAAGUUUAUACAUUCCCAUCAUCGAUAUAACAAUCAAUCUUAUUGUUUAAUACGCUUGCUUAUUAAUAUAACCAUGUUUGUUAUGAUCAUUUAUAGUUGAGAAAGCUUUAUUAUUUAUAAUGAUGUAAUAACAAGUAGUGUAAUGAAUGAGAACAAUAAUGGGGGACAAUCAAAUGUAUUUUAUGACAUUACAGAAUAUCUUAGCAACAUAUUAGAACCAUACAAUAAAUACUUUAUUUUCAACAUAUUCAUCAAUUGUUUCAAAUUUUGCUGUUUGUUUGUUUGUGUGUUCGUUUCUAUACCGAUCACUUUUUGUUCUUGUUCUGUUCACUUGGAUUUUUUCAACCUUUUGCAGUCAGGCAUUCCACUUUUGACUACUGGUACAUACUACUUAUAUCUAUCGACAUCGGUAGUAUAUAUUGUAGUAAUAUCAACCAAACUGGUGUUUUGCUGUAUCGGAUUGUUAUAUGAUCAAUGAAUAUCAGAAUAAAUUGGAUAUAUUCAAAAG